AUGGAAGUGGAAGUACCUCGACGGUUUUCCAUACGAUCCUGCUUCAGCGAAUUCAAGGACUUCGUCCCUCCCGGCCAGCCGACCUACCCGUACGGCGCACCGGGCUGGCACGACCCGCCCGCCGUCUCCCGCUCGGUCGAAGACCCGCACCUGUCCCGGCGACGCGACUUCGACGUCCGCCUGCGGACAGAACACAACAGCCACAGCGCCGACGACGACAUGUGUGGACCUUCUCCCGUCGUCAUGUCGGCUACCGGGUCCAACCAAGCAGCGACGGACACCACGACGAAGUCCGCGGAGCUGCCCAGUCCGGCACACGGGGAAGACACCGCGCUCAGCCCGACAACAGAGCCCGACGUCACGCCGACGAGCACGGGCCGCAAGGGCAAGAAGAAGCCGUACCGCCGCCACGCCAAGCCGCCCGUGUCCUACACCGCCAUGAUCGCGGCGGUGAUCCAGGAGUCGCCCGAGAAGAAACUGACGCUGCUCCAGAUCGUGGACGAGCUCAAGCGGCGGUAUUCCUUCUUCAACGGCGACUACAAGGGCUGGAAGAACAGCGUUCGACACAACCUCUCCCUCAACAAGUGUUUCGUCAAGUCGAGUCGCGUGUGUCGGGCGGUGCUGUACCGUUUAUGA